AUGGAGGAUCCCAAGAUAUUCAGACGCUACAAGGCGCAGGUCGAGAACUGGGUUUUGAUUGCGAAGAACAUCAUCGGCCCCGAGGAGAUGGCACCAAGACUGUAUGCAGCGCUCAGAGACAAAGCUUUCGACCACGUAGAGGGCGAGAGCCCGGCAGUUUUCGCAGUUCCAAAUGGUGUGGAGCUCUUACUCGACAGGUUGGCAUAUUUCGAUCAACGCCCGACGGUCAAGAUAGGCGCCGCAAUGGACGAUUUCUUUCAUAUGGAGCACGUUGAGCCAGGCGAGACCUUACUCCAGCUCGCCACUCGAGUGGACAAGGCAGUGCUCCAGGCAAGAUCGGUGGAUUUGGCCAUUCCAGAUCCAAUCAUCAUUAGGCAGUUCAUGAAGAGUUCGCAGCUGGACCACAAGACACAGGCCACAUUAUUGAUGGCCGCAGGUUCGAAGUUCGAGUGGAAGCCCCUGAAGGAGCAAGCGGCUAUUCUAUUUCCCAUGCCGCUGGUGCCUCGCAACAGAUUUCAAGGAGAUCGCAAGUACAGACCUCAGUAUAGUGCUCACGUCACGAACCAGGAUACGUACGAGAGGGAGGUCACCGAGCCCGACUACCAGCACGACCAUGAGGAUUGGCAGGUGACUGACGCAGAUUUUGGACAUGAUGACUCGUACGACAACAGCUGGGAGGAAGAUUCCGGCGACUUCUGGGACGAGCAGCUACCCGAGGCGUUGGCUAGAGAGAUUCACACUGCUCGUGUUACGUUCAAGCAGGCUCAUGAUCUUCUCAAUCAGGCCAACAGAGCACGAGGUUACUACAACACGAAGGGCAGCAAGGGCAAAGGUAAGCACGGCAAGGGCUACCAGCCGAAUCGUUCCGGCAAAGGCAAGGGCAAUGACGGAGGCAAGGCGCGACGUGGCAUGUCGUUGGAGGACCUCAAGAAGGUGACCAACUGCUCGGCGUGUGGCGAGAUCGGCCAUUGGGCAGCCUGCGAGAGUCGAAUCACAUCUCACUAUCUCUCUGCGAUCGUCGGUCAGCUCACGUCACCGAUCGAGACAACCGAGAUCAACACGAAGUACAUCAUUCCGAUCGAGCCGACCGAGAACACCACGACGUACCUUAUCCCGAUCGAGUCGAACGACAGCACCGAGAACUACGACACCGCAAGCCCGAACCCGAUCGAGCAGUACCUCAGCUACGUCGAAACGUCCCCGAUUCGAUCGACAAGUUCUAUGAGUAUUUCCGAGACCACGAUUGGGGCCCGGGUCCGGGGCGAUCUACGAGAAUACGCCAGGUACAAAGUGAUCGACAGCUUUCUCAGCAAACAGUUUCCAGCGAUGCAGAUUCUGUGUCAGGACAAGACCGUGGACAGCUUCAUUCCCGAUACCAGGACAGGAUCACGGACAAAGAUGUCAUGCUAUCCAGAUCUGAACAAGACGUGCUGCCAUCCUACCAACGGGGAGCACGAGUACACAGUUCCAGCCGGGAGGUUCAAGGAGUGCCUCUAUUGCGGGACGGUCUGGAAGGGCGAGAAGUACCAGAUCAGGGCGAAGGACGUGAUCUUUUGGAAUCUCCACGGGACGCGAGAGACUCCAGGCGGAAGCCAAUUAACGACGGGUCAGGCGAAGAGGUACUACGGCAUGGCCAAUUCCGUCUACAACAACUUGCAGCUCGAGAAGCGCGUCUAUGAGAGACGAAUGCAGAAGAGCCGUUUUCCACGACGCCAGCGACGCGGCUUCGACAUCUACGAGAUCUUCGCGGGCGAGUGCGGCAUCGCCCUGCAUGCCACCGACCGCGCCAACGGCUGGGGCAUGCGAGCUCUCCAACCGGUGGACAAGCUGUUCGGUCAGGACUUGAAGAAGCAGAAGGCCAGGAAGGAAGUGCUCGAUACGAUCGACAGGUGGCGGCCACGCUUGGUCAUCAUCCAGCUUCCGUGUACACUCUGGUCGCUGCUCAACCGCAACGUCAACUACAAGGAGAUGCCCGAGGUGCUGGAGGACCUACGCGAUGAGGAGCGGUGCUUCAUCACCUUCACGAAGGACAUCUUCGAUCAACAGAAGGACUACGGCAAUCACGCCCUGCUUGAGAAUCCCGCUACUGCCGACUCGUGGCGCGAGGAGGCAAUCGUCAAGCUCAGGCAGGACAACUACGAGUGCACCUCUAAUAUGUGCAUGUUCGGCAUGGUCGGCAACCAGGGACUCCCCAUGAAGAAGUUGGUUCGUUGGUUGGGUACGCGUCCACUUCUCAUUCAAGAGCUCGACCGACACUGCGACCACAGCCAUCCACAUGAAGAAGUGCAAGGAGGUGGACCUAAUGGCAACACCAAGCUCUCACAGGUCUACACCUGGCAGCUAGCAGACGCCAUCUGCCGAGGUCUCACCAGGGUCAUCGAGAGCGAGGAGUUCGGACACGGCAUCUACCUGUGCAGUUAUUACCCCGUCUCCUACGACGCUCCAGCCCCUACUGUGCACCACGUCUGCUAUUCGGCUCCCGACAUGGACGAAACAAAGUGGAAGAACAUCAUGCAAUCGGUCGUCGAUGUCAUGAGUCGAAGGAACGCCCCCUCAGCUCAGGUGGCGCAGGACUCAGAGAUGCGGAGGCAGGUGUCCGAGUUGGUUCCCUGGCAGAUCUUGUACAUGCAGGCCGCCUUCCAGCCGCCUACGCACCACGAGAAUGAUUUCAAGACCCAGUACGAUACGGUUUGUUCAUUAUCGGACGUGCUCCAGUCGGCGAAGUACCAGCACCACCUCGACCACCAAUCGAAGGCGAAUCACGACAGCCAGUACCAGUACCCGACGAACCACAGCCAGACGAACUUCAGCCUCAGCCUGUCCAACAACGGGCUGGCGACGAUGCACCAGAACUUGAGCCACCCGCUGCAGGCUGAUUUCACGAGGUUCCUGAACGCGAGCGACGCGAGCCAGGCUCACGACUUUCACGUCGAGAAGCCCCCAGCUGAAGCUCACUGGCAGUCAGGGCGAGUCGAGGCUAACAUCACACUCUGGAAGCACAUGGCCAAGAAGGUGAUUGAUACGAUGCAGCUUGCCGGAGUUGAGGACAUGAAGCUGAUGGCACCAGCGAUCAACCAGUCUCGCAAUUCUCGUGUCCGACAAUGCGGUGAUUCACCAUAUCAGUGGACUUUCGGUAAGGACCCGAGGAUCCCCGACAGCAUCACCGAUCCAGCUAACUCUGCCGUCGUACAUAGCGCCAUGACCGCAGAUGCCGAGCUCGCUAAACGAGCCCGAGUACGAGCACUCGCAGACAUGGCAUUCACCGAGUACGACAGGUCCGAGUCUCUCAAGCGCGCGAUGUUUCGAGUCUACCUCAACAGCAACGGCAGCUUCACUAUGACCAAGAAGGACCAGAAGGCGCUCAUUCGUGAGAUCCCCUAUUCGCAGAUCCCUGCAGAUCAGCUACCUCUAUUCCGAGAAGCUCUGGCCCGUGAAUGGCCAUCUUGGCAACGCUUUUCAGCCGUGGAGGUCUUGGAUCUGAAGACGUCCAAGUCUAUCGAGAGCGACCCCGAGAAUAAUAAGCGCAUUAUACCAUCAAGAGUCUGCUAUCGCGACAAGAAUGCCGGACGUGGAGUUUCCGAGAUCGACGCCAAGGCAAGAAUCGUGGGUAUCGGCUACAACGACCCCGAUAUCAUGACUCUCAGACGUGACGCACCAACCCUUACGAGAGCUGGUUUCUACAUCUUGCGGCGGACGAUCUCAAGCUGGGACUUCAACUUGUUCGGAGGCGACGUGACUACAGCCUUCUUACAGGCCGAUCAGACCAAGGCCCAGCGCGACAAGCCGAUUUACCUUCGGCAACCUUCUGAAGGACUUCCAGGUGUUCAACGCGGUGCUCUUCUACUUGUACGCCGUGCCAUCUAUGGCUUCGUUAAUAGCCCUCGCCUGUGGUGGCGAGAACUUCGUGACUUUCUCAUGCACAUUGGCGGCAAGCAGUGCUUGCUGGACAAGGCCCUAUUCUGUUUCUACAACAAGUCACAUCGCAUUAUCAUGAUUAUCGGCAUCCCCGUGGACGACCUCAUCGGAGGCGCAGACGCUCGAGAAGGCUCCAAGCUGUUGGAAACCAUCCGCCACCGGUUCACUUUCGGCAAAUGGUGGGACAAUAAGUUGACCUACUGUGGCAAGCGUCUCAGUAAGAACGAAAACGGCACGAUUUUCAUCAACCAGAAGGAGUUGUAG